AUGAAGAUAGUGAGUUACAACGUUAACGGCUUGAGACAGCGCAUAGCGCAGUUCGGGUCUCUUGGGAAUCUACUAAAUUCAUUUGACGCCGACAUCCUUUGUUUUCAGGAGACCAAACUGCGGAGGCAAGAACUCACGGCGGAUUUGAUCAUGGCCGACGGUUACGAGUCCUUCUUUUCCUGCACCCGCACCUCCCAGAAGGGCAGAACCGGCUAUUCCGGUGUCAUUACGUUUUGUCGUGUAAAAUCUGCAUUUUCUAGUAAUGAAGUGGCAUUGCCGCUGGCAGCAGAGGAAGGCUUUACUGGACUUUUGGAAAACUCUCAAACUAGGAUGGAUGAAUUGCCGUUCUGGACGGAAGAUCUAGAGGAAUUUUCUAAAGAUGAGCUUAUAAGUCUUGAUAGUGAGGGGCGAUGCAUUGUCACAGAUCACACUCACUUUGUUCUUUUCAAUGUGUAUGGGCCUCGAGCUGCAAGUGAUGACACAGAAAGGAUUCAGUUUAAGCAAAAAUUUUACAGCGUUUUACAGAAAAGAUGGGAGUCCCUCCUGCGUCAAGGAAGGAGAGUAUUUCUUGUUGGUGAUCUCAAUAUUGCCCCAUUUGCAAUUGAUCGAUGUGAUGCAGGACCCGAUUUUGAAAAUAAUGAAUUUAGAAAAUGGUUCAAAUCAAUAUUAAUUGAAAAUGGAGGUAAAUUUUCUGAUGUCUUCAGAGCUAAACAUCCUGAUAGAAGGGAAGCAUACACCUGUUGGUCGCAAAAUACAGGUGCUGAAGUAUUUAACUUUGGGAGUAGAAUUGACCAUAUUCUGUUUGCCGGUUCAUGCUUACAUGAAUCAGAUGACCUGCAACAUAGUUUUGUAAGAUGCCAUGUCAAGGAAUGUGACAUUCUGACACAGUACAAACGGUGUAAACCAGAAAACACACUGAGUGCGCAUAGGUGGAAGGGAGGGCGCAGCAUUAAACUGGAAGGAUCUGAUCAUGCUCCAGUCUUUAUGUCUUUACAUGAAAUUUCUGAGGUCUCUCUGCACAGUACUCCUUCCUUAUCUGCCAGAUAUGUUCCCAUGGUUCAUGGCAUACAGCAAACUCUGGUGUCAGUGUUGAUGAAAAGGAAACUUUCUGAACAAAUGAAACCAUGCAAGAUGGCACAUGAAGACUUUGCAAUGGAUGGUACUUGUGAAGGAGAAGAACCAGUUAACAGAGCUGCUACAUCUGCAACCAGUCCCAAUGAAUGUCAUUAUGCUCCAAGUCAGGAUUAUGAAGGUAGCAUUUCGAAACCAGACAAACUUUCCGGAGGUUCUUCCCAAAAGGCUGUUUCUAAAUCAGUGAAUGAAAGUGAAAAAACAAUAAACCGGCAAUGUAACAAACCCAACAAAAAGGCUAGAAAUAGUCAAUGGUCCCAGCUCUCACUUCGGUCAUUUUUCCAGAAAAGUACAAAUCUUGACAAUGACAUCAAUGGCUCCUCAUAUACUGAUUACUCAAAUAGUCAGGCUGAACCCAACCCUCAUUUGCAUGAAACUCCUACAGUGUCUGAUCCUAGUAUCAGCCCCGAGCAAUGUUUGUUGGAUACUGAUGCACGUGAUCAGGAUUUAGCAAACGAUAGUUCCACAAAGGAAGAAAAGAGUAAUGUGGCUUCAUUAGAGUGGCAAAGAAUACAACAGUUGAUGCAGAAUAGUAUACCCUGUUGCAAGGGCCAUAAGGAACCUUGUAUUGCUCGGGUGGUGAAGAAACAAGGACCUAAUUUUGGCCGCAGAUUCUAUGUUUGUGCUCGUGCUGAGGGCCCUGCGUCUAAUCCUGAAGCAAACUGCGGUUACUUUAAAUGGGCUUCUUCAAAGUCUAAGAACAAAUAA